CAAAAAUUUUUGUGCGCAAAUCGCGCGGUUCAAUAUCGAACUUGUUGGGUAUUUCGUAAUCUAUUUUUAUUUGGCGGUCACAUCGGCAAACAUGAGAUCUUUCGCCAGCUUAUUAACCCCGUCGAUUUAUAUGGGUACUUUAUGGGGGCUGUAGAGAGCAUUGCCGAAGAAAACAGCGUCAUACGAUUUGUCGACUCUGUGGAAAUCAGCCACGAAGAAGAUACUUCAAUCCUCACACAGGAACAUGGUUUGAACGAACAUGUCUCGGAGAAUAAAGAUUGGGUAUCACAUGUUCCCAAAGUUGACGAUUCUCAUGGGAUCGCCACAGUUGCUCCUGCGGACUCCAUGUUGUACGAAGGAACCUACGAAGACUAUGAAAUUCUUGGCGACACCGCUGUACAAACAAGCGAUCAAGAAGAAUUCGGAUUAGUGGGAACCACCAAGUCAGAUCUUAGCAUCGACGAAGACCAUUCACCUGGACUGAAAUACAUCAGACCUCCAAGAAGGACGUCGUUUAAGAAGAAACCAAAUGAAGCGAAGAAAGUUCAAGAUGGCGGAAAAUUGAGGUCGCGUGACAGUGUUCUUAUCUCGCAUAGCUCUUCCAAGCUUGCAUCGUUAUUUGGUCAGGAUAGAGCAUCGUUUUUAGGAGGGAAUGAAUCCUUGACGUACACUGCUCCUAAGCAGCCAAAGAAAGAGAAACCAGCUGGAGCAGCGCCAGCUGGUGGUGGAGAAACAACACUCUUGUUUGCAACUGCAGUCCAUGCCUACAAAUAUGUCAAUGGCCAAUAUGCUAGUCAGGGAAAACUGGGCGCUGCAGUGUUGGGCAAUCAUCCUGCAAAUGAUUACCGGAUUCUCGUUUAUGCUUCAAAACAACAGCAAGUGACCACAGCAAAAAUUCAUGGGAAUUUUUCAUUCACGGUUCAAGGAAGUAAUUAUGCAAGUUUUUAUGAUGACCAGAGGCAGACAUGGUCACUUAAUUUUGAAUCGGAUAAGAAUAUCACAGAUUUUGCUAAACAGGUUGGGUUAUCAAAAUUCAAUUCUGCUUCAUCAAAUCUUUGCACACAAGAUCUCUCCCCUGGUGAUGGACAGGCUAUUGAACUAGGGGAUGCUUUAGAAGUCAAGUACACUGGAUGGUUAUGGACUAAUAACAGUUUUGGAAAAGUUUUUGACAGCAACACUGAGACAGAUAAAACAUUCAAAUUCAAAACAGGGAAAGGAAAAGUUAUCAAGGGAUGGGAGCAAGGAGUGAUAGGCAUGAAAAAAGGUGGAAAGAGGUUGAUUGCCAUUCCCUCUGCUCUGGCUUAUGGAGAAAAGGGUGUACCUUCCAGAGUGCCUCCUAACUCCUCUCUCUUGUUUGAAGUAGAGGUUUUAAGGAUUAAGUCCAGUAGAGAGUCCAAUGAAUCUCCAAUGACAGUUCAUGAACCUUCUCCAGCACAAAAUACUGAUCAACUGCCUGACAUUUUGUCUGAGCCUUCUGGCACAAGAAAAAAGUCUACAGAUUCUGUUUCGUCGCUAAGUGUCCCAGGAGACUCUGGAAUUAAAGGGAGAACUGCGUCAAUCACAGAACAGCUUUCACAGUCUCCAGGGAAAAACACAGAUAAGGCUCGUUUACUUGCACGGAUGUCCAAGAUGGGAAAAAAUCCUUUAUCCCUGCCUGGAGCUGUGGUUGCCGAACCUGAAAAUGAUGAACUGGGAGAGCAGGAGCAGGAAAUUCCAACUCAUGGUGAGUUCAGUACUCCAGAAACAGCAGAUGGAAAGACAACAAAUCCACCAGCCAUUAGCUCCAACCCUCAUCCUAAUGUUCGCCCCAAGCCCCAUCCUCCUCCGCGACCAGUACCUCAGGUUCACCCAGAGGUCCAUCAGCCAGUCCAUAAUCCAACGCCUCCUGCACAGCCAAUCCAACAGACUGUCAUGAACCCACAACCAGUGAUGCAGCCAGCUUUCACACCACAUCAGCAAGUUGCUUUGUAUCAGCCUCCAGCCAGCAUGGGGUAUCCCAUGAUGGGACCUCAGCCACAGAUAAUCACUGCACCAUAUUCAGUCCCACCCCCUACUCCCCCAGCCCCUCCACCCCAGCCCAGUGCUAAUGACGCAAUGGUCCCAGUGCUUAUGGCAGAGACACGGCAACAGCAAGGUGAAAUACGCAUGUCUAUUGGCAAGUUGUCAGACAAGAUUGACGAGCUCUCUAACAAGGUUGAGCGUCAUCAGCAGAACACAGCACAGCAUGGUGGACAACUAACACAAGUUGGUCAGAUGGGAAUCGGUGCCUUUGGUAAUCCACAAGCGGCAAUGGAAGCUGCUGUUUUAGUUCACAACAUCACCAGAAUAGUGCAGGAAAAUGAAAAGUUAAAAGCUGAAGGUGCUGAAAAGUCCAGAAAGAUUGAGACGCUGAAUGACAAGAUAUCAGAGUUACUGCAAAAGAGUCAGAGAUUUGUUGAACAUAGCAACACGAUGUUGGAACAAAGGAGUGAUUCUUUACAAGUGAACACAGCACAGUCACAAGCAAGGGUGUUAUCGCUAGAACAAGAAAAGAUCACCAUGAGCAGCGAGCUAACAUCAGCCAAGACACAUUUGGCAGCUCUACAGAACGAAGUAGCGUUACUCCGUCAAAGGGAAGCAGAGCUCAGUGGUCAUCUCAGCAAGGCGACAUCAGAAGCUGAAAAAUACAGAAAUGACCUGAUGCGAGCUAAAGAUUCGCACACAGAAAGUGCAGAAGAGAGUGAUAAACUGAAGCAGUCGUUUAAAGAGGAAAAACAGACAAGGAAAAGACUGGAAAGCAAAGUGGAGCACAUUGAAGAGGAGUUGAAUGAUUUGAAACAUGAAAAAGAAAGUUUGGAAAAGGGUUUAACAGAUCGAAAAAAGAAACAUGCCGCCGACAAGAAGAAGUUCGAGGAAGAACUAGAAGAUCUGCGAUCACAGCAAGAGGAGGAGAUAAAAUUUUUGAAGGAAAAACACAGAAAAGAGAAGCAAUCAAGUGGAACAGUCACAGCGCACCAGGUCGCUCAGGCGGAAGCAGAACUUGAAACGAGAUGGACAGAAAAAGCAGAAAAAAUGGUUGCACAGACGGAAGAGAAAUGGAAAAGGAGAUUCCAAGAAGUUACUGAUGAAAAGGAAGAGACAGUAAAAAAACUGGCAGAACUUCAAGAAAAGGUUUCAACGCUUAAAGCAGGCGACGAUGAAAAACAAGAGAAGAUCAAAGACCUUCAAGAAAAAUUAGAAGAUCUCGCCGGAAUACGAGAAAAGUACAAGCGUCUUCAGGAUUCUCAAGGUGACAGAGAUUCGCAGAUAGAAGCACUUCGCUCAUCAGAACAAGAGCUAAUCGCGCUUCAGGCCAAGUACCAAGAAGUUCGCUCCAGAACGUUGAAAAUGAAGGAACAGUAUGAAGAGCAACUGGCUUCCGCCGAAGAGGAACGUGAAUCUGCUGUUUCAGAAGCAUACAGUAAAGGAUUGACGGAAGGGAAGAAACAGAGCGCUACGAGCAAAGAAAAAUCCCCUGUCAACGUGACUGAUGAAGUCAAACGUAUUAUGAACACGGUGUUCUAUAUGCUGAGAAGUGAGUUCGAAGCGGACGACAGUUAUACAGGCUCGCAAGUCAUGUCCGUAAUUCUUAAAACCAUUAAGGAGGUGACCAUGAAACUUGUGAGUGGAAAAUCAUCCAAGACGGAAGAAAGUGAAGAAGAGGAGGAGGAAGAGGAUGAAGAAGAAGAAGCAGAAGAUGAAGAAGAUGGAGAAGAAGAAGAAGAAGAAGAAGAAGAAGAAGAGAAAGAAGAAGAAGAAGAAGAAGGAAAAGAAGAAGAGACACUUGUGGGUGGAGAAGCAGCAAGGAAAGAAGAGAACAGAGAAGAAGACCAAGAAGAAUCAGAGGAAGAAGUGAAACCUGAGGAAACUGUUCAAGGUGUUGAUGAAGGAGAUGAAGAUGAAAGAGAUGAAGAGAAGGAAAGUAAAGAGUCUGUUACAGAGGAGGCUGAUAACCACCAGCGAGAAGGAUUCCAAGGAACUGUCGUUGAACAAAGCAAAGAUGAAAUAGAGUCCAAUGAAAUGAAAAAUGAAGGAACCGAGCAUUUAGCACACAACGGUGAAAUCAAAGAAAAAGUGGAUUCUGUAGCUGUAGAUGAUGUAGAUGAUGGUCAUUUAGAAAGCUCUAACGAUAGAGAAAUCAAUGAAAACACUGACAAUUUAGACAAUUCUUCCGAGGACUCAUUUCAAGGAAAUCAAAUAGAUGUUCCUUCUUUAGAAGAACUUUCUGCGGAGACAGAUGAAGACGCUAGAGCCGAUACUUCGGAAAAGGUUGUGCCAUCUGUAUCAGAAAGCGUAGAAGAUGCUUUUGGCGUCUCUGAGCAACGUAAAGAAGAACAAGAGACACAAGAUGUGCUCUUGCCAACAUCUCAGAGUGAGGCCCCGAGUGAAGAUAAACUUAAAUCACUGUUUGGUGACGAUGAACAUGACGAUGUGGAAUUUACGUUUGGAUCUUUGUCAAAGAAAAAAGAAGAGGAAAAGCCGGAUUCUCCACCGGCCCGUGCUGUGCCACCGCCGUUAUUUGAUGAUGAUGAAGAUGAUGAUCUUGAUUGGUUUAAAUGAAAUAUAUCGCAAUUCUGACCAAACAUCAGCGCCAUUUUAGAAAAAGCCACAUAUCAUUUUAUCCUGUCCUGUAGCCCCCCUUGCAGUUAUUGCAAUAUUCCUCCCUUCCUCCCUUGUAGUGUUGGCAACGAGAAAAUCAACCAGCAUGAAGAAAACUGAGAAAACUGAACACUAACAUUCAGCAUUUCAACUCAUUUUGACAGACAGAAAUACGGAAGUCGAAGGAAAAAUCUUAAAAGUUCAAGAUGUAUGAAUGCUGGUCAAACGGAGUUAAGUGAUCAGCGCUAUUAUGUUGCACGCAAUUUCCGAGUUGCCCAAGAGUUGCUCGAGUUACCUAGGAGGGUUAGCGCGAAGCAGUCGAAAUGAAAAUGACCAGUUUUUCUCAUGGAAGUAAAACCUCCUUUACAUAUUUCUUCAUUUAGUAAGUAAAGCGUUUUGAAAAUUCGAAUAUAGUCUUUUAUGUAGCUUUCACCGAGUUUUUCUAUUGAUAAGUUUAUUCGUAAUCAAUUCUCUUACAUACAAUUGCCAACAGUUUAGUCUUAUAUUUUGAGUUUGUUGAAUUAGUUAAACGACUUUUUAUGUUAUUAUUUAUUUCAUUUUGCUUUAAAUGGAGAAAUUAAUAGACAAUAAUUGCCAACAAUGAAUAUGGAAAAAUGGCGAGGAAACCUUUUAGUAACUUUAAAGGCUGGUGAAGUUGGGUUCUCUCGCUUGGAAAAAAAAACUAUGGAAAAAGAUGAUGAAUAAAGUUAGAAGCAAAUAGACUUGCUUUGCAGUAAAAUAAAACAAUUUAGUUGAAACAAAAAAGAAUUAAGAAGAAUUACUUCGACAUUGAAGUAAAUGACAAAAAAGUUAAUGGGAUCGUGUCUGUGUGGGGCCAUAUCAGAGUGAACAGGAAGGUGCCCUGACCCUUGAGUGUCGCAUCAAAGUUUUAUUUUUCACAUUUAGAUAAAAAUCUUGCGUUUAUAAGAAUUAAAUACUUGGAUGACUGGAAGUUCUUACGUAGUUAUGAUAAGAGAAAGUGUUAUUACUGUUUGGCACGUCCGCCUUUUAUUAUAUGCACGUUCGUCCUGUGAUUUUAAUGUAGAAUAAUAAUACAAAUUGUUUUUAUCUAUUUUGUGUUCCGGGACGAAAGGCUUGUGGAUGAAGCUUAUACUCCAACAUCGCUGAAUCUUGAUCUGUAAUAUCAACUCCGAAAUGAGUCGUGAAAUAUGAUUAUUUUGACAUGUGGUUAAAUCUUUGAAGCCUUUUCAAAAUCUUAGACUCGCUCAGGGUAGACUUUCAUUCCAAUGUGAUAGGAUGAUACCCAAGAGUUGACUAAACAUAGAAGUGGUUAUGAUGAAGAAGCCUUUUAACAAUCUUUCAAAUAAGAUAAGGAAAGUCCAUUUACAAGUUACACUAGACGGAAUUGAAAACGUGUCAGUUUAUAAUUGAGAUAGUAUUUAUGUAAUAAAAUGGAAAAAAAUGUGAAUUAAAAGUAAAGACAAAUUUAGAAGAAAAUGUUACACUUUUUUCAAAGUUGAACGCGGAGUUCCGUUAGUCCCAGUCUACCAGCCAUCUUGUGUCACGUUCAAACAAAC